AUGAUGGCCACGGGCAUGAACAUUGCGCGAUUGAAUUUUUCGCACGGUUCCCACGAAUAUCACGCCAACACGAUCAAGAACAUCCGCGAAGCAGUUGAAAACUAUUCGAAGAAGCUGGGCAAACCGUUCCCGCUGGCCAUUGCACUCGAUACAAAGGGUCCGGAAAUCCGUACCGGGUUGAUCGAGGGCAGUGGAACCGGAGAAGUUGAACUGAAGAAGGGUGAGAAGAUUCAGCUUACCACCGAUAAGGAGCACCUGGAAAAGGGCAACAAGGACAAGAUCUAUGUCGACUACGUGAACAUUGUAAAAGUGGUAAAGCCGGGCGAUCAUGUAUUUGUCGACGACGGUCUAAUCUCGCUGGUUGUGGAGAGUAUUUCGGGCGAUACGCUUACCUGCAACGUGGAAAAUGGUGGCAUGUUGGGUUCUAGGAAGGGUGUAAACCUGCCAGGCGUCCCGGUAGAUCUGCCGGCCGUGUCGGAAAAGGACAAGUCGGAUCUGGUGUUUGGCGUGGAGCAGGGAGUUGAUGUAAUUUUCGCUUCCUUCAUCCGAAACGCUGCCGCGUUGAAAGAAAUUCGUGGUAUCCUCGGUGAAAAGGGAAAGCACAUCAAGGUAAUCUCGAAGAUCGAAAAUCAGCAGGGCAUGCAGAAUCUGGACAAGAUUAUUGAGGCAUCCGACGGCAUUAUGGUUGCUCGCGGUGAUCUGGGCAUUGAAAUUCCUGCCGAAAAGGUGUUUUUGGCACAAAAAUCAAUGAUUGCACGGUGCAACCGUGCGGGAAAACCGGUCAUCUGCGCAACCCAGAUGUUGGAAUCGAUGAUAAAGAAGCCACGCCCGACACGUGCCGAAAUUUCGGACGUUGCCAAUGCCAUCAUCGACGGUGCUGAUUGCGUGAUGCUUUCGGGUGAAACCGCCAAGGGUGAGUAUCCGCUUGAGUGUGUGCUGACGAUGGCAAAAACGUGCAAGGAAGCAGAGGCCGCCUUGUGGCACCGCAACCUCUUCAAGGAUCUGGUUGACACGACGCCAACGCCUCUUGACACCGCUGCUUCCAUCGCUAUCGCUGGUGCGGAAGCUUCGACGAAGAGUCGCGCCGCCGCAAUCAUCGUCAUUACCACCUCUGGCCGUUCGGCGCACUUGAUCUCAAAGUAUCGGCCGCGCUGUCCGAUUAUAGCUGUGACCCGUUUCGCACAAACGGCACGCCAAUGCCAUCUGUACCGAGGAAUCUUGCCCGUCAUCUAUGAGCAACCUGCAAUGGAAGAUUGGCUCAAGGAUGUCGAUGCCCGCGUGCAGUACGGCAUCGAGUUUGGCAAGGAGCGCGGAUUCUUGAAGCCAGGUAAUCCAAUUGUCGUCGUUACUGGCUGGAAGCAAGGCUCAGGAUUCACCAACACAAUUCGUGUAAUGUACGUAUACGGCGAUCGGAAACAGCAGUCUAUUAUAGUGACUAUAAGCGGUAAACAGGAAUGUGUAGCAGCACAGUGA